AGAUUAUUUUUUAAAAAUAUAUCUUUUCAAUUUUCCUCAUUCAAUUUCUUCUAAGAAGAUGAUAAACAGAUCAUGAGGGAAGUAUGAAACUGAAUUAUUUCCUUACGAAAUGCAAAAUACUAAAUAUUUCAGAAAGAUCGAAGGAUGUCUAUCGAUGAAGAGAAAGGUGCAUUGACGAAGUCUAUCAAAGAAAGCACAACCAAAUUUCUAAAGGAAGAAGACCAGAAAUUUGACCUAAAUACGGAUGAGUUUGCGCCUCCCGAUGGUGGCUGGGGUUGGGUUGUUUGUUUCACAGUUUUCCUGACCAAUGGAACAUUUUGUGGCAUACUUAACACGUUUGGAAUUGAAUAUGUUUACCUGAUCAAGCAAUAUGCAAAGGGAGACACUGGAAUUUCUUUCAAAACGUCAUGGGUUGGAUCAGUCUGUAUGGGUGUUACAUUUAUUACUUGUAUAUUUGCCGGGAUAUGCAAUGAUCGAAUUGGUAUCAGACCGACAGCAUGUUUUGGGGCAACUUUAGGCGCAAUUGGACUUUUUACUAGUGCUUUUAUCACGAAAUUAGAAAUCUUGUAUCUAACAUACGGUGUUUUGUUAGGAAUUGGAGGAGGAUUCAUCUAUUCUACCUCAUUGGUUAUUCUAGGUCAUUAUUUUAAAAAGCACAUUGGAUUGGCAAACGGAAUUGUAGCGUUCGGAAGUUCGAGUUUCACAAUUGCGCUAACUGUUGUUCUUCCUAUUGUGCUGGAAUCGUUUGGGAUCAAAUAUACCUUUCUUAUUCUAGGAGGAUUGUAUUGUAUUCUAAUUUUUGGAAGCCUAACGUGGAAACCAUUGAUUCAUAGAGAUAAAGAAGUCAAUAUACGUUCUUUGUACACAGAAGGGAAUGUGAGGAACCCUGAGGUUUGCUGCUCAAAGACAAAUAAAUACUUGAACCUGAAAAUCUUUAAUAACACUGCAUAUCGUAUUUGGUUUAUUGGAUUUGUCACAGCAUUAUUUGGGUAUUUUGUACCAUUUACACAUUUAGUCAAACAUACUCAGGAUAUAUUUCCCGGAGAAAAUGCAUACAUUCUCAUAACGUGCAUCCAAGUCACUUCCGGCAUGGGAAGGAUAAUCUUCGGAAAGAUAGCUGAUUUGGAAUGUGUGAACAGAAUCUACAUGCAACAAUGUGCUUUUGUUGCUAUGGGCUUUGUGACAGCAUGUAUUCCAUUCUCAAGCAGCUUUGAGGGACUUAUAGCUAUUUGUCUUGUUUUAGGAUUAAGUGAUGGGAUCAUGGUAUUUCUGAUAGGUCCUAUUGCUUUUGAUAUCGUUGGUCGUAAAGAUGCAUCACAAGCUAUCGGAUUCCUGCUCGGCGGAUUUUCUGUUCCAUUUUCGGUUGGCCCCCCGAUUGCAGGUUUACUUUAUGAUCAUCUGAAAACCUACGAAAUAGCAUUUGUUGCUGCUGGUCUUCCGCCUAUUUUGGGUGCCAUUAUAAUGUGCCUCAUACCAAGAUUGCACAUCGAGAAUGAGAAAAAGAUCCCAACAAUUCUUGAUCCCGAAGGUGAAUCAACAAACAUGUUAGAUGGUUAUCAGUUACAAAAGAUUGAGUCAGAACUGCCAUCUCCUAUAGAGUGUGAGGACAAAAGCCCUCUCGACUUACAGGAUGAAAUAAUACAGAAGGAACUGUGCUACAAGCCGCAUUGAAAAUGACGAUUCACCAAAAAAAAUAUUUAAAAUCAAUUGAAGAUAAAAUUAAAGUUGUUAUGUUGACAA